AUGGCCCAACCCUACGAAUCCUACGAACCCCCUACCCACAUUCCACCCUUCGUGAAACAGCUCACUCCUUACGUCAAGACCCAGCAAGAAGCUCUCCGCAUUCGCCAGGCCUUGACUUCAUACCUACGUUCUUUAAUUGUCUUCAGCGAUGACACAUCCCAACCCUCCCACCUCGCUCUAUGCGCACCCAUCGAUGCCGUCGUCGAUGUGAAGCGAAUACCAUCCGAUAUUUCAGGACUAAGGAAGGAGUACCUAGAGGCACUUCAGGCGAACGUUGCUGCUCGGAAGGAUUUCCGUGCUGCAUCAGACAAUGUGGCUUCGCUGAGACGCCAAAGGGCAUCCCGCACUCCCAAUGUUGACCCCGCUGAUCCGCAGGAACCCGGCGCGGACCUGCGAGAUUAUGUUUCACUUUUGCGGGAACGGCGUCGCUAUACGAAGCUUCAGGUCUUCCAGCAUUAUCUAGAAGAGCUCAAGGCAAAGGAACCGACUGGUCUAGAGUUGAGCGAGGAUUCAAAUCAGGUCUUGUUACCUGAGGGGCUGGACACGGACGGACCGGGCCAAAAAGACCCCGAUACAGAUAUGGAGGGAUUGGUACAUAAGCUUGAAAGGGCUGUGGUGCGUGCUCGAACACAAUUGGAUCGGGAGAAACGGUUGUUCGAGAAGGUCAAAACGCAGCAUGAUGCUAGAGAAGUGGCUUCCGACAAGGUGCCGUCUGCAGUCAAGGCCCAAGCAUUGCAGCGCACACGCGAUGAACUCGUGCAAUGGGUCGAAGAACGACUGAUCACGGAAGUAGAUCCGGACGAGAGUAUGGUACAAGACCUGUCACCAGAGGAAAUUGAGGAAGGCCAGCGUCUACUAGAACAACAUAAGGUGCAAAUCAAGGAGCAAUAUGCUGCCUAUCUACAGGCACGACGAGAGCUUCUUGAUGCUGCUUCCACGGCCUGUCAACCGGUGACUGUGACCCCGAAACCUCCGUCGCGGUCAACCCACAGAACCGAGAUUGUCGCUGAGGAGUUACCGGCCCCCAGCCCGCUGGAUGUCCUGUCUUACGCAAGUGAAAACCUUGUCCCGCUUUCCAAGAGUCAGAGAUCACUGGCUCUACAAAAGUCCUAUCUCGCUGGACUUCUCGCCAAAGAAAAAUCUACCACUCUACGCGCCCUACACCGUAUACGAGAUGAGAGCCACCUCCUCUCUGAAUAUCCCCUUCUCGCCCACCAACCACGAAUCAAGCACGCAGUUGCUGCCCUCAGCUCACGCAACCAAUCCCAAUCCCCCGACCAGAACCAGCCCGAUGAAAUUGUGGGUCUAGCAGAAGCGUGGGCAUUUGCCUCGGAAGCAGCCGCCAAGAACGAGCGCGAUCGUGUGCAACAAAAAGUGGUACUGGGAACUGAAGUCGCACAAGAUGCACGCAAGACGUUGGGCGAAGUUUAUGGCAUGUUGAACCAAGAUUUGGGUGUUAUGCAAGACGCGGAUCCCGAGACUACGUCAGAUAUCUGGGCCUCCGAAGCUCACACAUCGCGAGGGGUCGGCAACCAUAGUGGGUCCCGGGAGAAAAGACCAAACGGACCCUGGUCGGGACUGCACGGGCGCGUUGGACUAGAAUAG